GCUCUGGAGGGGUUACUGAGCACCCAUCAGAUGCAGACGCAGGAGCUGAGCAGAACGCGGACAGACACGCAGAGCGUCCAGAGAGAUCUACUGCAGAUCAGGUCAGCGAUUGGAGAUCUGAAGGAAGAGGUGAGAAUUCUGGAAGGAAAAGUCUCUGUGAGACCCGCCAAGGCAGACCGAGCAGGACCGCCCAGAUCUUCCAGGAAGCCAAUCAGCAAAUCGCCAUCGCUGUCCUCGCUGGAAGACGCCCAAUCACAGCUCAGCCUGGCUGACAUCAGCUCUGAGGACACGUCCUGCAGUCUCAGCAGUGUCCCCCCCGCAGUCUCUAGAGGGUCCCGGGAUAAAUCGCGCAGCGGACGGAAAUCGCACAGCGACCUCAGCAAUAGUAAUCCCAGCGAUGACGACCUGGAUGAGCUUUCCGACAGUCCGCCGGAGCUGAAUUUCAGCGACUUGUGAGGCCCCCCCCCCCCCGCCUGGGCGGAGCAAGUAAUCAUCCAAUAAACAAUGCAGGACUGCUAGUUCGAA